AUGUUUCAAAAUGCCGGCCACCUCGAUCCACUGUCCUUGACUGGGCUGAAUGAAACAUCGCUUUCUAUUGGCCAACCCAAGACGAGGCCACAGGAUCUCAAAGAGGGUCCUUUUGUAAUUCUGUCACUCAGUGGUACAGUGGAUUCAUCGUCCCAUUUCACUGCCUUAUUGUGGAAGGAGUAUGGAAAAGCUGAUAAGCGCUGGCUCGUCUCAGAUCCCACGAUUGUCUCCCUUGAAAUUCUGACUGUUGUGGUAACAGGAGGGUUAGCUGUGCUGUUGAUCGAGGCCAUUCUCAACAAUAAAUAUUAUAGGCACUUUGUACAGAUAGUACUGUGUACCUGUGAACUAUAUGGAGGUUGGAUGACUUUCUGCCCAGACUGGUUGCUAGGCAGCCCAAACCUGGUUACGGACAACUUCCUGUACAUGUGGGUGUACUUAGUGUUUUUCAAUGGCAUCUGGGUUGUGAUACCCCUGGCUCUUCUGUAUCACUCUCUUAUGGAGAUGAAGACAUGGGAAUUUGGUGGAGGAGAUUCCACUGUUACAAAGGUCACAUACACAACAAGAAAGACGUACAAUUUGCGCACCAAAAGAAUGGAUUAGUUAUUGCCAGAAAAUGCAGAUAUUUAAGCUGGAUUUAAAUUAGCGCAAUUUGCGCACCAAAAGAAUGGAUUAGUUAUUGCCGGAAAAUGCAGAUAUUUAAGCUGGAUUUAAAUUAGAAAUACACAAAGCUUUUUAUAUCAGAGGCAAUCAGGCCCAGAUCAAACUACUGUACAAUAUUAAAAAAAAGGAUAUUAAUAUUUAACUGGCCUGUAUUUUUUGUGUGGCAUAGCCAGUGUCAUACCUCACGUGAAGGUUGACGUCCAGUAGCAAUUAAAGAAGUGUUUUCUUUUAGAGCAAAGAAAACACUAAAAUAAAGUAUUUAUCAGAUGAAAGACCAUUUAACACUGUCCAUGAAUGUAGUUUAAUAUGUUUAUUUUUUUCAGAAUGUUUCUACCCCACUUAAAUGCAUUUAAAACAUAGGUUUCUGUGAUGAUCUGUUUGGACCCAGAGGGUAUAAGUGACAUCACAACUAUAUUGUUGGCUUGGAAUAGUUUGUUUCAUGGCACAUUUGUUGAAUGCAUUAAUAGCUCUAAAUGAAGAUGCAUUUUGAAUGAUGAAAUAUUGCAACAUAUCUGUGUCUGUGGCAAAAGUUACGGAAGUGACGUAACUCAUCACUGGUCCCAAUAUGAUCAGAAAAGGCAUAGUAGAAAGAAGUUUUAAGCAUAUUUUACUAUCUCGAAAAAUGUUAUAAAAGAAAUAAAUCUAACUAUUUACCCAGGAAACUGUUGAAUGGUCUUUCAUCUAACAUGAACUUCAUGCUGGUGUGUUCUUUGCCUUUAACAUAAAUGUUG